CUCAACCAACCGUCUAUGCCACUAGCGCGAUUUUCCCUCUGUGCCAUUGUGUGUGGGGUGUACUGUGCGCUCUCCGCCGCCGUCUACGUUACGUCUGCGUCUCCGGCUGAGAUCCAUCUAAGGAGCAUAUUUUCAAGCAAACAGCAAAUAAAAAAAAUGCUUUUCGUGACUUUCCCGCAACUAGUUGAGUUUUGGAUGUCAACACGAUGUACACGCGCGAGAUGGCGAUGCUGCGAUUCCGUUAGUUAGUUGGACGCGUGAACCGAACGUUAAGAUCGUGGCAAUAUAUGUAGACUGAAUCGAACCCAAUUGGACUGAAUUUUAGGAGCCGUAGACUUAAAGCUAAAUUAAUUCUAAAAAAAGCUUGCAGCAUGCAGGAAGAAGCGCACGCCUUUAAUACCUGUGAGCCCAACAACAACAGCAACAGCAACCACCACCCGCACCUGCUGCCCUGCAUCAAGUUGGAGCACGACUCGGAGCGCUGGCAGCCCGCAGCAGCGAUUGUAAAUCUGCACAGCAAUAAGCUGCUGCUGCAGAGCUCCGAAGAUCCGCUCAUCUCACAUGGCGCGCACAAUGUGGCGCAUGAUGAGGACACCGAUCAUCCCUUCAAGACGUUGCUAGCGCGCAAGUGCGAACAACAACGCGCCAGCCACAAUGGCACCUGCAGCAGCCUGACCAAACAGCAGCUCAAAGCGAAUCUAAUGAACGCACGAAAAAUGCCCAAACCCACAACAAUCCAGCCGGAGCCAAACAGCCGGACGCGCGCAAGCAAGCCGAAGAAGCGUGCGGGACAGAACGGGGCCGUCAAGUUGCGCUUUCAUCAUCAGGCGCUGCCGGCAGAGUACGCAGCGCAUUAUGAGGCCACGCAGGCGCGGCAGGCGUCAAAGCCAGCAUCUGCAGCAGGUGCAGCUGCAAAGGCCACGCCCACGCCGCCAGCUGCGAACCAAUCGCAUGAGAAUGUGCGCAGUUGGCUCCGCACCAUUGCCGAGCUGCAGCGCAGCGCAGAGCGGCAGCAACAGGCUCAGGGCGCAGUCAAGCCAGCAGCAACUAACCUUGCCACAACUGUUGCAACUACAGAGCCCAGCAGCAGUAACAGCCGCAGCAGCAGCUCCAAGCGUGCUGCAAUCAAAUAUGAGGACUUGCCUUACAUGGGUGAGAUAACCUUGAACAAUUAUAAGCCGCGACGUGGACGCAAGCCCAAGAAAGCGGACAUUUGCCAUCUGAUCUACAAGAACUAUGGCACCAUUAUACCUGCGGCAGCCACAACAGCCUUGCCACAGCUGCCCACCACUGUCGGCAAGUCACAGGGACAGGCAGUGCGGCCCGCACAGCUGGCGGAGGAGCCGCUGAAUCUUUGUCUGCGUGAUCAGUCUAGCGAUCGUUAUUCCAUCUCCAGCGGCGACAGCGACAAGCCUUCAACCAGCGCCACCACUACGCCCACAACAGAUCGUGUCACGCCGCUGUCGCUGGACUUGCCACAGGAGCAACAGCCGCGCGUGGCGGCCAAGCUGCUGCUGCAACCCGUGGGCUUGUACUAUCAGCAGCUCAUGGGUGUGCCCGUCCAGACGAUUGAAAAAGACAACCAACUGUCGCUUAAGAUUCCCAUACCCAGUGGCUUCUUUGCCAACAGCCCAACGACUAAGCCGUUGGAGCAGCCAUUAGCCAGCGAACCAUUGACUCCCAAGCGCAAGCGCUCUGCUAUUUUUAUACCGCCGCCGCAGGCUGAUCACUCCUCGAGUCCAUCCACUGAGGUGAGCAUUUGCAAGUUCAAGUUCACGGGCGGCGCCAGGCCCACGUUGCAGGAGAAGAAGAUGCUCUCGGUGGAUGCAGAGGGCAAUUAUCGCUACUACAAUGGCACCGGCGAUCGCGCCAUGCGUGGCUAUGAGUUCAUCUCACGGGAGCAGCAGCAGCAGCAACACCAGCAGGCUAAUCAGCAGGAUAAGCUCUACGUUGAUAUACCACCACCAUCGACGGAUCUCAGCCUGGAGCUGUUGCAUAUACCAGCCGAGUCGCCCACCACAUCGCUGCUCAUGUCCAGCAGUCUGGCCCCAGUAGCGCCUCAAAGUCCUGCCAGUUACACCAACUCCCAAAGUCCCUUGACCUUGACCCACAACGAGGAGUACCAGCAACGUCUGGAGCAGAGCUCAAGUCCCAGGCCGGUCAGCAAGCGACGAGCUUCCCGGCGCUCCAAGCAGCGCGAGAAGCUAGAAAAGACAUUCAAGGAGAAGGGUUUCCUCAUACAAACGCAACAGUUGCAGUCGGCAGAGGGGGCCACCUACUGCAAGUUCAGACAACUGAAGAAAUUCACACGUUAUCUGUUUCGCAACUGGAAGGAUCAUAUACCCGAAAGCGAUCUGUCCAAGCCCAAUGAGCCGCGCAUAGAGCAACUGCUGGCGGGACAAAUGACAUUGGGGGGCGUGGAGGAAACCAACAAGGCCAUCUAGCAUAGGGCGUAGUAAAUAUUUGAACAACGCAAGCACUGCCAAAGAUUGUUAGAUUUAAGCUCAAUAUCAAUAUCUAUAUAGUUUAUAUGGUUAUGUAUAUGUAUAUGUGUAUGCUGAUGCCGUCCAAGCGUGCCAUGGUCCUUGAGCACCGCCACGCUUCUAGUCCUUGAGCACAUGUAGCAUUGUUAUUGUUAACAAAUAAACUAAAUGUUUAACUAAAAUCA